GACCUGCUCAGUGUCUCUGGAUGCCAUAGAGGAGCUAUGUAAUGACAUGGGACUGCACAGACUGGAGGCCAUGGAUGAGUACGCUAUAUUCCUGGUUAUUCACCGAGGUCAGAAUGUCCGUCCCCUCAAUAAGAGAGAGUACAUCCUGGACAUUACUACGGAGGCGGAGCCAGUGGACAGUAACUACAGCCUGUGGUUCAGGAGGGUCGUCUGGACUCAGACGCUCAAAGUUGACAACGAGCUCUGUGUCACCAUGCAUUAUAACCAGGUGUUGCCAGACUAUCUGAAGGCCUUGCUGAGUGUGGUUGCUCAGAGUAAAGCCAGUGAGCAGCAGCUGCAGCAGCUGGCCAAGCUUGGAGCAUUACAGCACCGGGCUAAAGAUACCGUCUUCCUGCCCAGCAUAGGUGAGGUCCAGGACUAUGUCCCUCCACAGCUCUACAUCAGACAGCCUCCUCAGUCCUGGCUCAACAUGGUCACUCAGCAUAUGCAGCAGGUCUCUCCUCUGAGUCCUCACCAGGCCAAGGCUCAGUUCCUCGGUCUGGUCAGCACAUUCCCCAUGUUUGGCUCCUCCUUCUUCUACAUCCAGUCCAGCAGCAGCAUCUCCAUCCCGGCUCCCUGUGUGCUGGCUGUCAACCAGAACGGCCUGCACUUCCUGCACAAGGACUCGCAUGAGGCCACGGUGCGUUACCCUCUGAAGGACAUCCAGUCCACCAGAACCCAGAGACCAACAGGGGCCUCCAGUUCGUCCUGUCCCUACGUAGACAUUCUGCUGGGAGACCUGCUGACUCAGCGCAUCACACAGCUGCACCUGGAACAGGGUCUGGAGCUGUGUCGGGUCAUUGCCAUGCACAUGGAGAACAUGCUGUCUGUCCGGGAGAAGAGACUCACCCUGCCACCUAGCGAGAUCACUCUGUUAUAACACACUGUCUGUCUGUCUGUCUGUCUGUCUGUCUGUCUGUCUGUCUGUCUGUCUGUCUGUCUGUCUGUCUGUCUGUCUGGGAGAAGAGACUCUGGUAGAUUUGAUCGUUCUGUCUCUGAAUCAACGAAGGUGUUUACAGAUGGACCAUCUCUUCCUGAAUCAGCGGCGGAGGUGUUUUCAGAUGGACCAUCUCUUCCUGAAUCAGCGGCGGAGGUGUUUUCAGAUGGACCAUCUCUUCCUGAAUCAGCGGAGGUGUUUUCAGAUGGACCAUCUCUUCCUGAAUCAGCGGAGGUGUUUUCAGAUGGACCAUCUCUUCCUGAAUCAGCGGAGGUGUUUUCAGUCUCGUAGUCUCUCUUCUCUG